AAACACGUCACAAUCCAUUCAUUUUGUUCUUUUUAAUUUAUUUUGGCAUCUGAUUUUUAUGAUCGGAGCAUCCAACAAUUUCACUUAUACUUUGCACAAUUUCGUUUGUUAAUCGGCGAUCAUCGACAGCUAAAUGUUAUCACAACCGGAUUCUACUGAAUCAUUACCACUUGCGACGCCGGAAUCCGCCAUCGGUGAACCACCACCGCCGUCAUCCUCCUCCGAAGAUCUCUUCUCUUCCGCUUCCCUCGCAUGUGCCUCUGGCUCUGCCUCCUCCCCAUCCUUAUCCGACGACAACCAAAAACCCUCUCCCUCCCCUGUUCCUUCUCAAAAUCGUCCUCAGAUCCCCAUUACAUGGCCGUCUGGUGGUGCUCUAACCCUAGAUUGGGUCACAAACCUCAUGUCAACCUUCGAUUGGGCAUCCAAGAACCUCAGGCCGUCGGAACUCCCUACGGUGCUGCCGGUGGAAGUUUUCGACGCUCUCGUGCUCACCGCGUCGAAGAUCUUACAUAAAGAGCCGAAUUGGAUUCCGAUUGAACCUGGUAGUGAUGGUGUGGUGGGAUCGAGUGUGGUCGUUGUAGGAGAUGUGCAUGGGCAGUUGCAUGAUGUGUUAUUUUUGUUGAAAGAUGCCGGGCUUCCAUCUGAAAAUAGGUUCUUUGUGUUUAAUGGCGAUUAUGUUGACAGAGGAGCUUGGGGUCUUGAAACUUUUCUUCUUUUGCUAGCUUGGAAAGUGUUUAUGCCACAAAGAGUUUUCCUACUUCGUGGGAAUCAUGAAUCCAAAUACUGCACCUCAGUUUAUGGAUUUGAAAAGGAAGUUCUUGCCAAAUAUGGUGAAAAAAAGGAUGGAAAACACGUAUACCGAAAAUGUCUAGGAUGUUUUGAAGGACUUCCUCUUGCUUCCAUUAUAGCAGGACAAGUUUACACAGCACAUGGUGGGGUUUUUCGUAAUAUUCCUUCUACCCCAUCAAAAAGAUCCAAAGGAAAGAAGAACCGAAAAGUCACACUGAAUCCAGACUCACUUCCCUUAUCUCUUGGCUCAUUAGAUGAAUUACUGAAAGCUAGAAGAUCUGUUCUUGAUCCUCCAUGGGAAGGCCAUAAUUUGAUUCCUGGAGAUGUUUUAUGGUCUGAUCCUUCAAUGAAACCAGGCCUAUCUCCAAAUAAAGAAAGAGGUAUUGGCCUUUUGUGGGGCCCAGACUACACACAAGAAUUCUUAAAGAAAAACAAUCUUAAGUUAAUUAUUAGAUCUCAUGAAGGUCCUGAUGCAAGGGAAAAAAGACCUGGUCUUGGAGGAAUGGAUGAAGGGUAUACAAUAGAUCAUGUUGUUGAAUCUGGGAAACUAAUUACUGUCUUUAGUGCUCCAGAUUAUCCACAGUUUCAGGCAGCAGAGGAGAGGUACAAAAACAAAGGGGCAUACAUUGUCUUGGAAUCCCCUAAUUUUGAUACCCCAAUCUUUCAUAGUUUUGAAGCCAUAACACCAAGACCUAAGGUGAACCCGUACUAUGACUUUGAGGAUGUGAUUGAUUCAGAUGAAGAGUUAGAUCUAACGAUGAUGGUGGAGGCUUCCUGAAUGUUAUAAUUAUUUCUCUCCUGAUUGAUUUAUUAUAUAACUUGUUUUGUGUAUGUGUUUUAUAUUUUGCAAUUUGCAUAGUCUUUUGGUAUAGGAGGUCAAGUGUUAAUGAACUGC